CCUCGGCGGCGGCCGUCGGGGGCGGGCCAACAUGGCGGCGGCCAGCUGAGCGCCCGCGUGGUUCGCUCCCGGUGCCGGUGCCCGCAGCCAUGUCGGGCCGCCAGGGCAACAAGCUGCCCAGCAACCUGCCCCAGCUGCAGAACCUCAUCAAGCGCGACCCCACCUCCUACACCGAGGAGUUCCUGCAGCAGUACCACCACUACCAGUCCCAUGUGGAGAUCUUCACCUUCCAGCCGGACAAGCCCAGUAAGGAGCUGGCCGAGCUGCUGAUGUUCCUGGCGCAGGUUGCCCACUGCUACCCCGAGCACAUGGGCAGCUUCCCGCAGCAGCUGAAGGAGCUGCUCUCCCACCACCACACGGUGCUGGACCCCGAGCUGCGCAUGACCUUCUGUAAGGCUCUGAUCCUGCUGAGGAACAAGAAUCUAAUACAUCCCACGAGUUUGCUGGAGCUCUUCUUUCAGCUGCUGCGGUGUCACGAUAAACUGCUACGGAAGACCUUGUACACUCACAUUGUGACAGACAUCAAGAAUGUCAAUGCUAAACACAAGAACAACAAAGUGAACACGGCACUGCAGAACUUCAUGUACACAAUGUUGAGAGACAGCAAUCCCACUGCUGCUAAGAUAUCUCUGGAUGUGAUGGUAGAGCUUUACAGAAGGAAUAUUUGGAAUGAUGCCAAAACAGUCAAUGUCAUCACAACUGCCUGCUUUUCCAAAGUCACCAAGGUGUUAGUUGCUGGUUUGAAGUUCUUCCUUGGGAAAGAUGAGGAUGAGAAGCAGGACAGUGAAUCGGAGUCUGAGGAUGAUGGCCCCACGGCCAGAGAUCUGAUGAUGCGCUACGCCACCAACAAGAAAACCACCAAGCGCAAGAAGAAGCUGGAGAAAGCCAUGAAGGUCCUCAAGAAGCAGAAGAAGAAGAGCAAGCCAGAGGUGUUCAACUUCUCUGCCAUUCACUUGAUUCAUGAUCCCCAAGACUUUGCUGAGAAACUGCUGAAGCAGCUGGAGAACUGCAAGGAGCGAUUUGAAGUGAAGAUGAUGCUCAUGGACCUAAUAUCCAGGCUUGUUGGAAUACAUGAGCUUUUUCUUUUUAAUUUCUACCCCUUUGUUCAGAGGUUCCUCCAGCCCCAUCAGAGGGAAGUGACAAGGAUUCUUCUGUUUGCUGCACAGGCUUCACAUCAGCUGGUACCACCUGAGAUUAUCCAGUCAGUGUUGAUGACCAUUGCCAACAACUUUGUCACAGACAAGAAUUCUGGGGAAGUCAUGACUGUAGGAAUCAACGCAAUAAAAGAAAUCACUGCGAGGUGUCCCUUAGCCAUGACUGAAGAUCUGCUCCAAGACCUUGUUCAGUACAAGACACAUAAAAAUAAAAAUGUGAUGAUGUCUGCAAGAACUCUGAUACACCUGUUCCGCUCUCUGAAUCCAGAGAUGCUGCAGAAGAAGUUCAGGGGUAAGCCUACCGAGGCCUCAGUGGAAGCCAGGAUUCACGAAUAUGGAGAGCUGGAUGCCAAGGACUACAUUCCAGGAGCAGAAGUACUGGAGGUCGAGGAUCAAAAGGAAAAGGGAGGAACCCAAGAGGAAGAUGGCUGGGAAAGUGCUAGUCUGAGUGAGGAGGAGGACAAUGACGAUGGAGAAUGGAUUGAUGUGCAUCACUCCUCAGAUGAGGAGCAGCAACAAGUAGCAGAAAAAGUGAAAAGCAUGCCCAUAGAGGAACGAAAAGCCAAAGCUGCAGCAGUCAGUACAAGCAGGCUGCUGACUCAGGAAGACUUCAAGAAAAUACGUCUUGCCCAGCUUUCCAAAGAGCUUAAUUCUGCACCUGGCAAAGCUGCAAAGCGGAAAUAUAUUGAAAUAGAUGAUGAAGAGGAGGAGGAGGGCAGGGGAGAGUUGCUUUCACUCAGAGAUAUUGAACAUCUGCAUAAGAAACCCAAGUCAGACAAGGAGACCAGAUUGGCAACUGCAAAGGCUGGAAAAACAGACAGAAAAGAAUUUGUGAAAAAGAAAACCAGAAUUAACCCAUUUGCCAGCUCUUCCAACAAAGAAAAGCAGAAGAACAAGAACUUCAUGAUGAUGAGAUACAGCCACAAUGUCCGGACCAAGAACAAGCGUUCCUUUAGGGAGAAGCAGCUGGCUCUUAGAGAUGCACUUCUGAAAAAGAGAAAACAGCUGCUAAAAUAAAUGCUGGAGAGAACUUCAUCACCCUUGAAGGAUCCUGAAGAUGCUUAUUUCCACCCACCAUCACCCUGAGGAAAAGGAGGACUGUGGUGCCUUAUGCAUUUAGCUCUGAUCUGUGUGGAAAUGCACAUGGAACUCUUGCAAGCUGAUGGAUACUGCAUCAAUAGGACAGAGGCCUUAAUCCUUGGAGAGUUUGAAUUUGUUUUUAAAGCAUUGUGGGGAAGAAGGCAAUUAUAUUUUUAUUUCAUGUAAUUUACUUACAGUGGGUUUUGUAUGUGUAAGUAUUAAAAUACAAAGCUGUGUAAGAAUUAUGCUUGAGGCAAUUAAUGACUAGGCAACAGAAAGGAAAAAGAAUAUUCUGGCCAGUUUAUAAAGCAUGUGGAUAUAGUGUAUGUGCCUAUCUUAGGGGAGUGACUGUGCAGACAGAGUGAGCUGUUGUGUUAACAGCUGGCUUUAGCCAGUUUAAUAACCCAAAUUCAUCUGUGAUGCAGGUAAAAUUAAUUCAUGAAUUGUGGGGAAGACCAAUUCAUUAUGGAGUACUAAGAAAAGGAAAAUAAAAUUAGUGUAUUGAGAGAUAGGGUUUUUAGUUGCCACUUAAAUAGAGAAAAAGCAUCACAUGCCAGAGAAAAAAAGGAAUGUUUUCCUAGAGUGGUGUGGCUUCUGGUGGGACUUGCCAGUGUUUCUUGGCAAGUACAUGCAGGAAUCAUGUGGAUGUGUGGGUUCUUUGUCUAAGGUUGAACUUGUGCUUUAGCCUUGACCUCUGUUGGGACCAUUAAUGGGUUCUUUGUACCUUCCCCAGCCACCUGUUUUCAUGGAGUUGAUCAAAUAUUUAUAACUUGUGGUACAGAAAGAGAUGCCACGUGCACAGUAAAAGGGAAAUGCAUUUGGUGGGAUGGUUUUUUUCCUUUCUUUUUAGGAAGCCAGAUUAACAUUUAUAUUCCAUGUGGAAAUCCACUUAGCUAUUUUUUGAAUAUGUAUUUGUAGUAACUUUAAUUCUUUCUUGUAUGGAUUUUGUUUUGUUUGUUUUGUUGUCACACUGCUUCAUAGAGGAAGAAAAGAUUGACAGAAACUUAAGGG